AUGCUCCGGUGGAUACGACAGCAGCUGGGCUUUGAUCCUCCGCAUCAGAGCGACACCAGGACAAUAUACGUGGCCAAUCGUUUCCCACUAAACGGCCACUACGUCCCCCAACGCUUCGCCGACAACCGCAUCAUCUCAUCCAAGUACACAAUAUGGAAUUUCGUCCCCAAGAAUCUGUUCGAACAGUUCAGAAGAAUCGCCAACUUCUACUUCCUCAUCAUCUUCCUGGUGCAGCUGAUGAUUGACACGCCCACGUCUCCUGUCACCAGUGGCCUGCCGCUGUUCUUUGUCAUCACCGUCACCGCCAUCAAACAGGGCUACGAGGACUGGCUCCGACACAAGGCCGACAACGAGGUGAACGGAGCUCCGGUGUACGUGGUGCGGAGUGGGAGCCUGGUCCAAACCAGAUCCAAAAACAUCCGGGUCGGCGACAUCGUUCGCGUGGCUAAAGAUGAGACGUUCCCUGUGGACCUGGUGCUGCUGUCCUCAGAACGACCCGACGGCACGUGCCACGUCACCACCGCCAGCCUGGAUGGAGAAACUAACCUCAAGACUCAUUACUCGGUGGCAGAGACCUCCGUUUGUCAGUCUGUGUCUCAGCUGGAGUCUCUUCAGGCUGUGGUUGAGUGUCAGCAGCCAGAGGCCGAUCUGUACAGAUUCGUUGGUCGUAUCACAGUGACGCAGCACGGAGAGGAGAUUGUCAGACCGCUGGGCCCAGAGAAUCUGCUGCUGCGGGGAGCCAGGUUGAAAAAUACCAAAGAAAUUUUCGGUGUGGCGGUGUACACGGGGAUGGAGUCAAAGAUGGCCUUGAACUAUAAAUGCAAGUCCCAGAAGCGAUCUGCUGUGGAGAAGUCCAUGAACUCGUUCCUCAUCAUGUACUUGGUGAUCCUGCUGUCAGAGGCGGUCCUCAGCACCAUCCUGAAAUAUGCCUGGCAGGCGGAGGACAACAAGUGGGACGAGCCUUUCUACAACCGCAAGACAGAGCAGGAGAGAAACAGCAGCCCGAUCCUGAAGUUCAUCUCAGACUUCCUGGCCUUCCUCGUCCUCUAUAACUUCAUCAUUCCCAUCUCUCUCUACGUCACCGUGGAGAUGCAGAAGUUCUUGGGUUCGUUCUUCAUCGGCUGGGACAUGGACCUGUACCACGAGGAAAGCGACCAGAAGGCUCAGGUCAACACCUCGGACCUCAACGAGGAGCUCGGACAGGUGGAGUACGUCUUCACUGAUAAAACCGGGACGCUCACAGAAAACGAGAUGCAGUUUCGGGAGUGUUCCAUUAACGGAACCAAGUUCCGUGAAGUCAACAGCAAACUGGUGCCAGAGGGUCUGACGGACGAGUGCUCUGCUGCCUCCUCCCCCCACAUGGUGGGGGACGAGCUGCUGUUCCUCAAAGCCGUGGCCUUGUGUCACACAGUGCAGAUCAGCCACGACUCAUCGGACUGCCACGCCCCGGGAUCCGACCCCUUCUCCCUCAUCAACGGGUUCUCCUCCAGCCACAUGGAGUACUACGCCUCCUCGCCGGACGAGAAAGCCCUGGUGGAGGCAGCCAAGAGGAUCGGAGUGGCCUUCACCAGCAGCAACGGAGACACCAUGGAAAUCAAAACAUUUGGAAAAAUAGAAAAAUUCAAACUGCUCCAUGUUUUAGAGUUUGAUCCAAACAGAAGAAGAAUGAGUGUGAUCCUGCAGACUCCCUCAGGCGCUCAGACCAUGUUCACCAAAGGAGCGGAGUCGGCCAUUUUGCCUUUUUCCAGCAGCGGCGAAAUGGAGAAGACUCGGCUGCAUGUUGACGAGUUCGCUUUGAAAGGCUUGCGCACCCUGGUGGUGGCCUGCCGUCACUUCAGUCCAGAGCAGUACCAGGAGGUGGACCGGCGGCUGAACGCAGCUCGCACAGCGCUGCAGCAGAGAGAGGAGAAGCUCCAGGAGGCCUUUACCUUCAUCGAGAAGGAUCUGCACCUCCUGGGAGCCACAGGGGUCGAGGACAAACUCCAGGACAAAGUGCAGGAGACCAUCGAAGCCCUACGUCUGGCUGGGAUCAAAGUAUGGGUGCUGACGGGGGACAAACAUGAGACGGCCGUCAGCGUGAGCCUGUCCUGCGGUCACUUCCACAGAACCAUGAACGUUCUGGAGCUUCUACAGCAGCGGUCGGACAACCAGUGUGCGGAGCAGCUGAGGCGGCUGGCCAGGAGGAUAAAGGAGGACCAUGUGAUCCAGCACGGCCUGGUGGUGGACGGGGCCAGUCUGUCUUUGGCCCUGAGAGAACACGAGAAGCUCUUUAUGGAAGUGUGUAAGAACUGCUCCGCUGUGCUCUGCUGUCGUAUGUCUCCGCUGCAAAAGGCCAAGGUGGUGCGUCUGAUCAAAACGUCCCCAGAGAAACCCAUCACUUUAGCCGUGGGUGACGGGGCCAACGAUGUCAGUAUGAUCCAAGAGGCCCACGUUGGCAUUGGCAUCAUGGGUAAAGAGGGGCGGCAGGCUGUCAGGAACAGUGACUAUGCAAUUGCCAGGUUUAGAUUCCUGGCUAAACUUCUGCUGGUGCACGGCCACUUCUACUACAUUCGCAUAGCAACUCUUGUACAGUACUUUUUCUACAAGAAUGUGUGUUUUAUCACUCCCCAGUUUUUAUACCAGUUCUUCUGUCUGUUUUCACAACAAACCCUGUACGACAGUGUGUACCUUACUCUUUAUAACAUCUGCUUCACGUCGUUGCCGAUCCUGGUCUACAGCCUGUUUGAGCAGCUGGUCCAUCCUCACGUGCUGCAGAGCAAACCAGCGCUUUACCGAGACAUCAGCAAAAACUCCAUGCUGUCGUUUCGCACAUUCCUCUACUGGACGCUGCUGGGCUUCUGUCACGCCUUCGUCUUCUUCUUUGGCUCCUACAUUCUGAUGGGAGAGGACACCAGCCUCAUGGGCAACGGACAGAUGUUUGGAAACUGGACGUUUGGGACGUUGGUCUUCACCGUUAUGGUCAUCACAGUCACAUUAAAGCUGGCUCUGGAGACGCACUUUUGGACCUGGAUGAACCACUUUGUGACCUGGGGAUCUAUCGCUUUCUACUUCAUCUUCUCGCUGUUCUAUGGAGGCAUCAUCUGGCCGUUUUUGCACACACAGGACAUGUACUUUGUGUUCGUCCAGCUCUUGUCCAGCGGUUCCGCCUGGUUUGCCAUCUUUAUCAUCGUCAUCACCUGCCUCUUCCCCGACGUCAUCAAGAAGGUCUUCUAUCGACACCUGAGGCCCACCCACACGCAGAAGAGCCAGUCUCUAUCAGCCUCCCAGGCGCCGGCCCUCAGCUGUGUGGAGUCCCUGUGCUGCUACCAACAUGGGCAGAGCGGCUGUUCCCGCCUGGUCGGCUUCAUGGAGCAAAUGACCGGCCACUGCCACAACGGCGCCCCCCACUGUGCGUCCGCGGGGAGACACUCCAGGUCAUGGGGCGAUCACGAGAAUUUCUCCAACGACCGGAGCAUCCUGACGCUGUCCCCCAUCGAGGCCACGCAUUGCUGA